GGCAACAUUCACCUGUCGUCGCCAUUUUGCAAGAAUGUCAGCCAAAUCAUCAGAACAAGUUUUUUAACCAAAUUUUAUGUUGUUUGAAGUUAUAUUGCGGUGAUUUUGUGUUUCGGACUUUAUUUGAUUUGUUAAACAGGAAAAAUGGACCGCUUCAUAAGUAUGUGGAAAGUGCGGGAGUUAGCGGAUAAAGUCACAAACGUGGUGAUGAACUACACCGAGGUGGAAGGCAAGGUGCGCGAGGCGACGUCGGACGAGGCGUGGGGCCCCACCGGCCAGCAGAUGCAGGAGCUCGCGCUGGCGACCUUCACCUACGAACACUUCCCUGAGGUGAUGUCCAUGCUGUGGCGACGCAUGCUGCACGACAACAGGAGCCACUGGCGCAGGACUUACAAGUGCCUGCUGCUGCUGAGCUACCUGGUGCGCAACGGGUCGGAGCGCGUCGUGACGUCGGCCAGGGAGCACAUCUACGACCUGCGCUCGCUCGAGAACUACACCUACGUCGACGACAUCGGCAAGGAUCAGGGUAUAAACGUGCGGCACAAGGUUCGCGAGCUGAUCGACUUCAUCCAGGACGACGAGAAGCUCCGCGAGGAACGGAAGAAGGCAAAGAAGAACAAGGACAAGUAUAUUGGCAUGUCGUCGGAGGCGGCGGUGCUGGGCGUGGGCGGGAUGGGCGGCAUGGGCGGGCGCGGCGGAGGGGCGGGCGGCUGGGGCGAGUACAGCGACCGCGCCUCCAGCUGGGACGAGCCGAAGGAGCGUAAUGAGGAAGAAGAGUACGACAGGGAAGACUCGGACGGAGACUACGCGCCGAGGAAACACAACAAGGACAGAGACGCGUCGGUGUACCGCGACGCGGAGGUAGUGGCCAGCAGCCCCCCGCGGUCCAUCACGACAGCGCCGACCGCCGGCGCCGGGGGGCUGGGGUCCCUGUCGGGCGCCGGCCCGCUCACCGUCACCGUGCGCAGCCCCGCCAGGAACAAACCCGCCACGCCGACACGCAGGAUUGAUUUGGGUGCAGCAGCGACGUACGGCAAGACAUCGCAGCCGGCACAGCAAAUACAACCGACGAGCCAGCUGCCCGUCGAUAACAACAACUCGCAGGACUUGUUGGACGAGUUAUUCAAGACGUGUCCCGCGCCCGGCGCCUCCCCCGCCGCCACCCCCGCCUCCGCCGCCGCCAACAACCACUCCGCUUCACUCGUGCUUGAAGAUGACUUCGAUCCUAGAGCGGAGGAGCAGCGCGCGGGCGCGGGCUCGGAGUUCGGCGACUUCUCGAAGGCGUGGAGCGCGGCGCCGCCCGACGCGCCCGACGGGUUCGCCGACUUCGCCUCCGCCUUCGGCGCCGCCGCGCCCGCGCCCGCCGCACCACCCGCACCCGCGCCCGCACCCGCACCCGCCGCACUCGCUGCGCCCGCGCCGCCUUCCCCACAAGCUUCGAACCUGGACCUCCUGAGUUCGCUAGCGGCGCCGCCCCUCACACCGCUUGGGUCCCUGGAUCUUUCCCCCAUGGACAACCUGACUGGACAACUGGCUGCCACCACGCUACAACCAACAUUACCACCACAAGGAAUCCAACCGACACCGGUAAGCCUCCUGCAACCACUGACGACCAACAACCAGCAACCACAGCCAGCGAACUCAAAACCGUCUGCAAAGCUCGGCGCCACUUGGGCCGACACAACGGGAGCGAUCAACAUCGACGUGGACAACUUGCUCGCGCCGCGAUCGCCCAAGAAUGCGCCCGCGCCCACCAUCAACCAGCUCAAGUCCAGCCCCGCCAGCCCGGCCCACGCUCCCGCGCACAUGUUCGGGUACUCUGGACCUCUAAACAACGCGCCGCCCCUCAACAUAAACAACAACGUCAUGCGACCCCAAUAUAACCACAACUUCCUUCAAUGAUAUAAGUAUCUGGCAGAUGCAUGCCACGUGUAAUUUAGAUUCUGUUUUGGAGCAAUGUUUGUUCGUAAUGUUUAAGGAGUUAAAUGAGAAUUAAAGGGUGAAAGAAUUGGAAUUUUGAUUGAGAUAAUAUGCAGCAACAGCGGCUAUAGUAUAUUAUAGCGGGGAAUAACGCGGAUUGCUUCUACCUCCAAGGCGGGCCUGAAGCUCUCAGACUCGAGGUUAUGAAAGUAGGUAUUCAUAGUUGAGGUUUUCUAUAAGAAUUUUGAAGGCAUUACUCCGGUUGGUAAACAAAAGACUUGCCUCUUAGCUGAGAAGCCCCGCAUUUAGCUGUUAUAAGUAAUAAUGAAAGACUUGCUUUAUAAAAACUUGAAAAAACUUGAAUACAUUCUUAAUGACAAUAUUCGUUUAGAUUACAGUAAGUCGGGUCAUCGGUGCACUUCUCAUUAUAAGUUCUGAUUAUUGUCACCCUUUCAUAUAGAACAUAUUUUGCAUCAUAUUUCAAAUACCGUACUACUUUUUGGGAAUAUUGAGUUAUUUAUUUUAGGUAACAUCUUUGACAAUUUCUUGUUUGCAACUAUCGUUUCUGUCAAUUUGUUUUCUUCCAUAAUAUCUUAUCUGUCAUUCUGGUAUAUGGUCAUUUAUUUUAAAACUUCCCCAGUAUUCCCAUCAAAUAAAUGCUCAAAACACAUAAAAGGACAUGCUUAUAUAAUCCUCCAAACACCGGUGCCAUUAUAAACAAUAACAUUUGCCGAACAUCAUUGCUCCAAACCCUAUGUAUAUACAUAAUGUAGAUAAGGAUGAGACGGUUGUACCGCGGGCAGGCCAUAGACACCUCUAACAUUUAGCUGACGUGCCAUGCAGUUGAAACCUUUUCUAUCGACUAAAAGGCAAGGUCCCAGAUAAAAAUAAACAAUAUUUUAUAACGAUUAACGGCCAUAUCCUUCAGAUAAGUUGCCUCUUCAAUGUCGCUCUAACCGGUUUUACUGUAUAAAGACAUGUCAAAUUAUCGAUAUGUAAAAGUCGAUAUUUCGUCUAAUGUCAUAGCAAUAUCGAAACAACUAAUUGAUAUGUGUGUAGUGGUAAUAGGAAUAUUUGCUAAUCGGUCUUUUUGUAACUCGACUAUUAUACAGACGUAUAAAUGUUUUUAUUACGUCAAGUCAAAGAAUAAAAGUGUCGAUGAUUCGUCCAGUAUUUUGGAUGUUUAACAUAACCAUGACUUGUUCAAAACUAAUAAAAAUAUUCCACCACUACACACUAAAAUUAAUUCUCACACUACAUUUAUAAAUAUGGUCUGCCUGCGGAAGUUUUAUACUAUUUGAUAUUAGAUACAUUUCAGGGUACCGUAGGACGCGGCGGAACCGCACGGAACCCACCGCACUAAUGCAUGGUGCAUAUCAUAUCGCAUGAUAUUAUCAUUAUUAUAAAACCACAUUGUUAUGCCAACAAUUUACCAAUGGAAUAUAAAGGAGGUUUACAAAAAGAACUUCGAUAAAAUCCACACACUUGAGUUAUAAAGAAUGUUGUGGAAUUAUUAAUUUAUCGAAAAACUGUUUUUUAAUUAUUUUUUUUCUUAUGCAAAUGCAUCCGCUUUUCGGUAAUUAAAUAAUUCGUUACUUUUAUAACUCGCGCUGAGGUUAAGUCAAAGAUGACUAAACCUCAAUGUAUGCUCACACAUUCCUUUAUCAAAAUCGAAACGUUUAGAAAAAAAAAUAGUUAAUUUAUAAAAAAAAUAACGUAGUUCUUGGGCGAAUUAUUGUUGAUAAAAAAAGUGCUUCUGGGAAAUUAAAAACGUUUAAAAAAUCUUCAAAAUGUCCGUGUUGAGACAAUAAAUGUUAACUGCAAUAAACGAUGUAUACCAAAUUUUCUUUUACUGGUGAAAGGGUGCUUGGUAUUUUGUACCCGCAUAUUCAAAUGUAAACAAACGAGUAGACGUUCAUAGGUGAGCCGGUGUACAGGAAAGGCAACCACAAUGACGUCACGUCCUGUUGGUUGACAAUAUAUGACAACACUACAUUUAAUUUGGUGCAGUGUACUUUGUCGUGAUUGGAAAAAGCAACAAAACCCUAUUGUUGGUUUUUAAGUUGCAAUUAUAAAUUAGAAAUGUUUCUUUUUGUACAAACUUCGUUUUUCGAUUCGCUAAUUCUAAUUGAGAUUUUUACAAGCAUAUAAAUAGUAUGAGUGAAUUUAUUUCGUUACUCUUAGCUGAAUGUAGUGUGAAUGUAUUUUAUACAUGGCAAAUGGCAAUAUUAGAAAGAGAUUUAAUAUAAAAGUAAUACAGUGAAAUAAUUUUACAAUAUUAAUUACCGAUAAAAUGUAUAAAAUAUCGACAUCGAUGGUCACAGUACUCUGGAGUUUCGUGUAUUUUUAGGGACAUAAUUUUAUGUUCAAAAUUUUUUGGUAUCACUUACGAACGGAAUUAUGCUAACUCAAUUUAUAGAUAAAAUAUUUCGUUGUCGAUUCUUAUGAAUAUAGUAAUGAUUAUUCUCUUUGCGAUUCGUUUUUUAUUACCUGACUUACAAUAUUAACAAAAAGUAAAUAUAUGAAACUUUUUUUUAAACCUUAAAAUAUGUAACAACGAUACAACAUUAUUAAUUAUGUAGGACAGGUAAUGAAAAAUGAAUUAUAACAAAUUACUUGCGGCAAUCAGUUUUUCUACUUACGCCAUGUAUGCUUAAAUGGAAUUGAAUAUCAAGGCAUACAUAAAUGAAUUUGCCGCGAGUAAAAACAAGCACUGAUAUAAUACAACGGACUUAUAACGGAUUUGCAAUUAAUAUUAACAAUUAAGCCUAGAAUACACUUGAUACUAAAGCAUGCUUGUUUUGUCAUCGCCUUUUUUAUAUAAAUAGCUAGAGGAGCAAAUUACAGCAAGCAGCUUUAAUUUUUUUACAAACAUCGAAUGGUAUUCAAUUACGCUUGGAAUCAUGGAACAUAAAUUUAGGUCUUGGUAUUACAUAGCUGACAAAAAAUCAAGCAUGCUUUUGUACGAAACACAUGUAUUCUAAACAUAAUACAAUAACACUAGAGUAGCGGUGAUAUCGAUAAUGUUCAUCGAUCCUGAAUAAGGUAGUGUCAACUGGUUGUUCAGAUAGAAUAUUUUUAUACCCGCUUCAGGUAGUGGAUCUGCCGACCCCGCGGGGGUGGUGUGAAUGUCGUGGUAGUGUCAAAUUUAGAAACGUUGUUAUUGUAGUUUUUAAGAAGGGCUGUGGGGGUUGGAUUUUGUCGUACAAUAAAAGAAAGAUUUGUUAAUUUAUGUCUAUUUAGUACAGUCGAUAAUUUUUUAAGUAAAAUAUAGGAUAUAGAAAAUCGACAGUCGCAUACUAGUGAGAUUCAAUCUCGAAAAAUAAGGUCUACUACAAUUAUUAAAAUAUUGCUAUAAAUUAUGAAAAAACAGCUCUGAUUGGUCAAUUUUAAAAUGAGAAGCGAAAGCGAUCCGUAUUAUACGAAAUAUAAUAAAAUACGAAAGAAAACUAAAUCAACCCUCACAGUCGUAGAAGAAAAUGAAAUUUUGAAUGGAAAAAUGUGGGUAUACAGAAAUUAGGAUUACGUAUGUAACCGUACUUAAAUUAAUUCCAAACGAUUGCUUUAAGACCCUCCCUUAAUAUUUAAUCGGUGUCAUCUCUUUCACUCUUCAAUUAUUUCACGUAGGGAAGAGAGGACAGUAAUUAGUAACUCUGAUAACUUUAUAUAAGGGAUAAAACCUUUUUCGUUGUGCAUUUAACCUCAUUCCGGUAAUCGAUAGAACUGGUGCUGUGCGUUUUCAAAAGAAUGCUUGCAGUUUUUAUUUUAUAUUGCGACAUAUGAUCCAUUUUUAAUUUGUAAAAGAAUGAUUUGCAAUGAAUUUAUUUUCGCUCUAUCGGCGGUGAAUAUCAUUAAACAUACCGGUUUAUCGAUAUCGAUAAAAUUGCAUUUUGCAUUAAUCGAUUGCGUUGUGACAUUGCAGCUAUAUUUACUUUCUUUUUAUAAUUACAGAUAUAAAACAAACUAUAUGCAAAUGUAAUUAAUAUAAAGUCGAAAACAUUUAAACUAUGUUUAUAUUUUUGAAUGUAUGCCAGAUAAUAGAAAUUAUUUUAAUUUCAUUUAUGACUUGUAAAGUACGUAAUAUUAUAAAAAAUAUUUAAGUUCAAAUUCUAUCACAUCUUUGUAUUCACGAAAAUAGUUUAUCAUUUAGUUAUACGUUAUUGAGUGUUAUGAAUAAAAUAGUAUGGAAUUAAGUGCAAAACUACACUCUAGUGCUGUAUAUUUAGAUUCGUAAAUCGCAUAUGACGUGUCAGAGGGGAAAGGAAUAGUAUUUGGGACCAAAGCUCAAUAGGGGGUAUCAAAAUUAUUUUGUAUUCGGACCGCGCGGGAAUCGAUCUGCACUUCAUAUGCGAAGUACGAGUGUCGUAGUGUUAGACACAGUGCUCAUGUAAUUUUGGUGCCUAGGUUUUUUUCAUCCGUAGGUAUAGGAUAAGGUUGAUGCAAGUGUAAAAGGCCAUUUUAGGAAAAUCAAAAUAAUAUGGAAUGUAUUAUGUUCAUGUUGCAAAACUAAAUGCAGUUCAAGAGUUAGUUGGAGAUUAAGAUUUCUUCGAUGAAAUGAGAUGGGCUAUUUUCUAAAACAAUUCUAAUUAUAGUUCGUUAUUAAUUACCGUUCGAGAAAUUACAUAUUUCUUCUUUCACCUUGGGAUCUCAGCACUAAAAGACUAAACUUUAGAUGCGGUUAUCAAUCCUAUAGUGGCCUUUAUACACUUGCCGAUAAGGUUUACGUUGCCCGGGCUUUAACUAACCUGACUACAACAGUAUAAUUAAUCUAUUAUUUAGUUCUACAAUGGAAAUGUUUUCCUACGCAAGGACAAUUGAACUAGCCCGGUGAAUGUUCAUUCUUAGCCGACUUCAAACUAUCGAUAUUUUUUUGACUAUACAAAAAAGUUUAUAUCAUUGUAAAUAUUAUUUUAUAUUUUCAAAGUUCUUCCAUUAUUUUUUUCGAAAUGGAGAUUUGAAAGCAAUAAAGAUUAUUUUUUAAUUAGUUUUAACGUCGAUUUUAUUAAAAAUUAAUUAAUGUUCAUCGUAUCGUCUAUUACUCGCACAAGUAUUGUUUUAUGUACCGAGAGUUGUUACUUUCAUAUCCCUACUGUCUCGUUUUGUUUAGCAACAUGUUGCGCAACAUUGCUAGAGGGUAUCGCCACCUCACCUAUAAAGGUCGUCAAACUGUAGGUACUCAUAAUCUGACCUCCCCUCAUAAAGAAGGGCGUAUUGUUUUACAAGUUGAUGUAGGCGCGUAAUGUUGCUUGAUGAAAUGGAUAUGGUUUCAUUGUAUCGUAUGUAGCGCUCUCGGCGUACAGUAUCGAGUUAUUGUUGUAAGGAAGCAGUCGGUGCUGCUGGACAUAUUAAUAAACGUAAUUAUUACCUGA